UGCAAUUUUUACUAUCACAGAUGGUUGUAUCACGAAUACCAAACAACUAUAGAUGUUUUAUCUUGUCCAAUAAGAGAAUAUUGUGCUAAAAUGUGAGUAACUUGCUUGUCAGGUGUUGCUAUUGGUCUAAAUCCACUAGUCUGGAGAAACCCAUGUGCACACAGGGCAACCUUAGCAUCUUCCAUGUGAGUGAGCAACAAAGAGAGAAAGAGAGCGAGAAAGAGGGAGACAGAGAGAGAGAAAGAGAAAGAGAGAGAAAGAGAGAAAGAGAGAGAGAUGCACCCUACCCACUCUAUUGCUGACAGAACUAUUCUCUCAGCCUCCUUAUGCAAAUCCAUGCAGAUGAAUAUGUUGCACCAACUUCUCGCACACGGCUCAUGUCGAUGUCUCCCUCCCCAGCCGGCACCGGCCUCAUGUAUCUGUGCGACAGACUCUGACUCCCUGGCGAGGGUCAGAAAAUGAACGCCUCCUGUGAUCCUGCAGUCGUGGCGUAUCAGCAGAGCUCCGGGUGUAACCUGGACGGCAGCUGUGACUGGCUGUCUCCUUCCCACUGUAACUGGACGGUGGAGGACGGCAGAGCGCCGCGGCUGCCCACCUUUUCCAUAGCGGCCAAAGUUCGAGUGAUCUUCACCUUCAUCCUGUGUGGCAUUUCCACUUUCUGCAAUUUGACUGUGAUGUGGGCGGCCAACAACUACAAGCGCAAAUCGCACGUCCGCAUGCUCAUAAUCCACCUCACUGCAGCCGAUCUCUUGGUCACCUUCAUCGUGAUGCCCGUGGACGCCGUGUGGAACAUCACAGUCCAGUGGCUGGCCGGCGACCUGGCCUGCCGGUUCCUGAUGUUCCUUAAGCUGCAGGCCAUGUACUCCUGUGCCUUUGUCACCGUGGUGAUCAGUCUGGACAGACAGUCGGCCAUCCUCAAUCCUCUGGCCAUCAGCAUGGCGCGAAGAAGGAACCGGGUCAUGCUGGCGGUGGCGUGGACCAUGAGCGCCUUGUUCUCGAUCCCUCAGAUGUUCAUUUUCCAUAAUGUGACCAUCACAUACCCAGCCAACUUUACUCAGUGCACCACGAGGGGCAGCUUCGUGAUGCACUGGCAGGAAACGGCGUACAACAUGUUCACCUUCUCCUGCCUCUUCCUGCUGCCGCUGGUCAUGAUGAUCAUCUGCUACACCAGGAUCUUCAUGCAGAUCUCCAAACGGAUGACAACCAGGAACUCAUCCUCCAACGAGCCACAUCUCCGAUGCUCCAAGAACAACAUCCCCAAAGCCAGGAUGAGAACUCUGAAAAUGAGCAUCGUCAUAGUGAUCAGCUUCAUAGUCUGCUGGACUCCGUACUACCUGUUGGGUUUGUGGUACUGGUUCUUUCCGGACGACCUGGAGGGGAAAGUCUCCCACUCCCUCACCCACAUCCUGUUCAUCUUUGGGCUUUUCAACGCCUGCCUGGACCCCAUCAUCUACGGCCUGUUCACCAUACGCUUCCGCAAGGGGCUGAGGAGCUGCAACCGCAAAUCCUCUGCGAUGUCUGACUGGGAGAUGAAAUGCACGGCCGCUGCUUUGCCCUCCAAAAGAGGGAUGAGAACCGUAGCUCUGGACGGGCUGAGUCCAAAUCCAGCUCUGUCCAGCCGAGUGGCAGGAAGACAAAUGUGUUAUUUCAGUGCUGAGAGCACACUGUGAGUAGAACCAGGAACUUGACACUGCUAAUGCAACUGUUUCACUUUUUAUUUCAGGGUUAAAUGUUUAUUUUCAUGUGCAUGUGUAGAAUAAGUCUGAGAAUCUUAAAAGAAAUGAUCCGUUACCAUGAUGUGUCUCUGUGGGUCGUCUUACUUAGCACUUACAUAAGGUCUUUAAGAACCUCUAGUAAACAGAGCUUUUUGAUGCUUUGUGUUUAGCUCCUAUUUUAAGACGAGUUUGCCCUUUCCAAGAUGCAUUUGCAAGUGGGGAAACAGCUUCAGUGUCGCGCAUGCAACUUCACUGUCUCUGUGUCUAUUAAGGAGCUGCAGAUGGCGUUGGAGGCUACUGAGGUUGAGUGCUUUCCUUUGUAGCCAACACAAAAGAUGAUAAUAAGUUCAUCAGAUGCUUUAUUGAGUCCAUUCCCCUGAGGAAAAACCAAUGAGCACAUCGGCGUUGUGUCAUAGUAGGAAAAGCACAAUGUUACUAAUAACAUUACCCAGAGCCUCAUUUCAUUCAAGUGUUCCACUCAGUCAAUCAGUGUGACGGUGAGCAUUGCAGCAUGAAACAACAUCGGGACAUUGGAAACUGAAGCAGCAGCAGAUUAUUCGCUCCAAAAAUGUCCUCUGUGAGAGUUUCUCAUGCUACUGCUGAGCACACAUGGAAAACAAGUUUCAGUUUAUUAGUGUGUGUUUUUUUGUUUCAUUUAUGGUUUGCAACAAUAUAGAAUUGAUGAUGUGGCAAAAAUGCAGGACAGCUUCUGGAGGGCAGAAUUGUGCAUGCACUUUUUAGUCCAGAUUACAGUAUCAAAAUACAUUCUUACGGCCAUGUGUUACUUUUGGACUGCAUCUAAGGGAUUAUGUGAAACAUGUUUCUGCUGUUUAUUAUCCAAUUUAUCUGGAUUCACGGUUGUUCAUUUCACCUGUACAUCAGGACAGGUGUGUUUACGCAGUGAUGCCAGUAUAGGCUGCAACUCACUUAUUUUUGUUGAUUUAAUUUUGUUGAAUCAUUUCACUGAUUAAUCUGGUGAUUGUUUUCUCAAUUUAUUGUUAUCUACAUAAAAUGUGAGGUGAAUCGUAGCCUCAACCAACCCCGACAGCUAGGGGCUUUCCUCACUAUAUUACAACAUUAUUGGUCACGCAAUGUAUUUCUAUGUAUGUGGAUUGAAGCUGUAACCAUAGUUAU